UCAACGCCAAAAUCAUGGCUCGUCUCUUCAGCGCGUGUCUGUUCGCAAUGUCUGUGGCCUGCGCGGCUUCUUACCAGCAGAACGUGCUGCGAGGACCGGGGGCAGGUUCUGGCUUCGGUAGUAGCAGCAGUUUUGGCAGUUUUGGCUCUAGAAGAGGAGCCGGUGGUCUUGGCUACGGUAGCGACACCUAUGGUACCGGCUAUGGCAGUGGCAAUUUAGGCAGUGGUGGCUUCUACGGCAGUAGUGGCAGUAACCAAGGCUCUGGUGCUGGCUUCGACUCAAGUGGUUUCCGCCUAGGCCGUAGCGGCCAGGGAUCCAGCGGGAGCUUUGGCCUCGGAAGUGGUUACGGCAGUGGAUUUGGAGGUGGCUUUAGAGGUGGCCUCGGAGGGGGCUUUGGAGCUGGGCUAGGAGGUGGCCAGGGUGGUGGACUCGGCGGUGGACUCGGCGGCAGUGGCCUCGGUGGCCAGGCCGGUGGACUCGGCAGGGGUCUUGGUGGUGGAUUCGGCGGCAGUGGCCUCCGUGGCCAGGCCGGUGGACUCGGCGGUGCACUUGGCGGCAGUGGUCUCGGUGGUGGGUUCGGCAGCAGUGGCCUCGGUGGCCAGGCCGGUGGACUCGGCAGCAAUGGUUUUAGUGGUGGAUUCGGAGGCAGUGUUUUCAGUGGACCAGGCCUUGGUUUUGGUGGACUUGGUGGAAGCUCAAGUAGUUUCGGCGGUUUUGGUAGUGGCUUUGGAACUUCGGAAGGCCAGGUGCAACAGCGACAACGCCUGUGAACACCGAAGCGUCCAAAAAAUGGACGAACGCUGUCAAUGUCUCGGUUGUAGUUCAAUAAAGCAGCUUUUGCUACAAGCUGAGAGAGUCCCAAGGAGUGCAUCUUGCAGCAUGGUCCUCCGAACUGACUUCACUUGCUUACAACAAGCUCAA